UAAAUUAUUAGAAUCUUAUUAUAUUUUACCUCUUUGCGGAAUGUGACAGAAAAAGCAGCUGUUUUUGACACUAGAAUGACAUUAUUAAUCAAGAUAUACACAGCAAGCAUCGUUCUUACUACCGCAACAUUUCUUUUAGUAUUUAAUUUAUUUAAAUAACCUAAUAUGACGGACAGCUCUACGUCGUCGAAAAAAUCUUCAGUUGAAGUAGUUUAUAAGAAAGUUGUAGAAGAUGAGUCCUCGGAAGAAGUCCCCAUGGAGGACUGGUCUUCUCUGGAGUUGGAUUUCGUUUAUUAUAACUUCAAACGUGACCUACACGAGCAAGGCCUGUACGACCCUGGCAGUGAGGAUAUAUGCGCCAAAUACAUAUGUAUGUCAGACAGUUCAGUCCUUCGUCAUGUGUAUUACAAUUAUCCAGCUGUUAAAGACCCCGGUAUAUUAGAAGCUUUAGAGCAACCAGAGCCCGUAGUUACAUAUGCUGAUGACGGCCAGGAUCUGUACCUAGCUGUGUGCAGAAUAAUGCAUAUAUGUCCCAUAAGGAUUUUUCAUAAAUCUUUGCUGAGUAAGACAAUUGAUUUAAAGUACUACGGGAUUUAUCCUAAAGGGUUUCGAGCUAUGGCUAUUGCUUUAAGUAGAAACACAUUUGUGAAAACUCUAGAUUUAACAGAUAAUUGGAUUCCUCACGAUGGAUGUCUCCAUUUGGGCGAAAUGAUUAAAGAGAAUGAUUCUUUAGUAGAGAUUGACUUCACUGGAUGCAGAAUUGGGCCUAGGGGUACACAGAUAUUGGCUCAUUAUCUUCGAUUCAAUCGCACUCUUCUCAAACUAAACCUUUCAGGGAAUGAAAUGGAAGAUACAGGAGCAGAAUUCUUAUCUAGUGCUUUAAGACUGGGAUCAAGACUAGUUGAUGUAAAUCUAAGCAGAAAUAAACUUUCUGCCAAAGCCGUUUAUUCUCUAUGCGAAGCUUUUGAGGUUUAUAACCGUUUAACUCAUCUGAAUUUAUCCUGGAACAUGAUAUUAUCCCCGAAAGCUGUGUUUACUUUGUGUAAUUAUCUUGCGGAAAAUAAAAGCUUCUCCGAAUUUGACUUAUCUUGGAAUUCGAUAGCGGGAUCUCGUGUGGGGCAGGCCAUUCAGACACUUCUUUCUAAUAAUAAGAUAAAUCGUGUAAUUUUAAACCACAAUAGACUUUCGGGUGAAGCUGUAAAGUUCAUAGGAUUAGGAUUAAUUAAAGCUAAAAAGUUAGAGACUCUUGACUUAUCAUUUAAUCCUCUUACUUCAAGCGAUGCCUUCAAUUUACUUGUUCGUUUAAAAGACCGCCGAGUUAAACUCAAGAAUCUGCUGCUUGAUAAUGUGAUAGUAGAAACGAAGUUCAUACAAACCCUUAAAGAAAUACAAAGAAUGAAAAGUCGUCAGAAAACUCUUGUCACCCACGGUUACGUAAAUCCCUCACAUAGUCCGAUGCCGACGGAUAUUCGACCUCUGCUGCUGAGGAGAGCCGAAGCUGUCGGUCAAGCAGCAAAGAAAAAGAGUCACAGGGUUGACGCUGCCUUAGUGUUUAUGCAAAUGUACAAGAUGAACCCAGAGCCGAUAAACAUAAAGGAGUUCUCUCGGUUAUCAUUAAUGCUAGGUUUGCAUCUAGGCGACCCAUUUGUCGACGAGAUGUACGACGCGUUCCCUGGUCCCAAGAGCGGGAAGCUCGUCAAAUUGAUCGACAUGGCUCAAGUUAUGGAGUUCGUGAAGAGGUUAUACCCUGACAGGCGGCUGCCCGCUACACCACCGUCUGCGUCCGCCCCACCUACCCCGCCACCCCCGAGCAAAGCGCAGGCAAAGUCACCCUAACUUAAAAUAUCGAUGGUCUUUAAAUAAUUUAUAAUUAAUCUAAGUGUUUUAGUAUGUAUACUUACGUUUAAUGAUAGUUUUAUUGUUAGAGAUAUUUACUUUUAGAUUAGAAUUUAUUUUAUAGUUGUGCAGGUAACGAUUAAAUGCUAAGAUUUUACGUGUUUUCUUUUUAUUUUGUUGUACAAUGAUAUUAAUGGUCAUUUACAUCGGGGAUAUGAGGCGCGUGAUGUUUCCACUGUGUGACGUCAACGUGUACAAUAUCGGUCUAAGGAGUUGUGUGCAGAAGACAUCAUUUUGUGACGACAGUUGCGGUAACAAUGUGAUUAGCAUGGCAAUAGGUGGCCUUGUCCGACUGUUAUGAAGAUCACGAUAUUGUAAGCGUGACCGAUUUAACGUGAAUACUACUUUACUAAGAAAUCCUUCUCGAAGCACAUUCAAUGUCGGUUUUUAUGAUCUAGAUUUAUAUUCAGAAUGUAACGGAUGUAGCCUAAUUCAUGAACAGAUUACUAGCCUUAAUGAUUAAUAUUACAAAUUGCAACACAAGCGCAUGGAGACGCGCUCCCGCCGGCGGCUGCGCGGGCGCACAGUAGCGUGCGUCACGCAACCUGGACUUGUCCGCUUUAUUAUUAUUUAUUGCUUUCAAAUAAUCUCCGACUAGAUAAUACUAUAGAAAAUGCCGCUCCGUAGCAUUCCAGUUAUGUGGGAUUUUGAGUGAGAUGUUAAAUGAUUCGAGCUGAUCGUUUCAUAUUGUGAUGUCCUGUGAUACGAUGCUAUCGGCGAGGGCUGUCGUGUCGACAGGGAUGGGUGUCGGGACGGCGCCUCUUUUGGAAUAAAUGAUUACUUUGCUCGUGAGUGUAAUAUAAAGUUUCGUAUUCGUUCGAUUUAUGGAAUUUAAUGUACUUUUUUUAUUUAUUUUAGACUCUUUUAUUUCGCCUCUUUAUGUCAGCGUUCGUAAAUGAAAUAAUGCACUAAAAUCUUUGAGAAAAGGUUUGCAUACCGAGACCUGUUAAACUACUAUUCUAUUUAAAUUUAAUGUUAGACAUGUAUAAUUGUGAACCCUAACUAGACAUAACAUUGAGCUCUUACGAAAGAAAUUCUCUGCACUAUAUAAUCUAGACUCGUAAUCUGAGACUGGAAUUCGCACUGGACUGCGGAACCGCGUUUGAAAUCUAGACUAUUUAUAAUAUGUUUCUUAAAUAUGAUGCUUGGGUUUGUUUUCGUAGUCUCAUAUUACGAAGAUGAGCAUAUUUUAUACUUUAUUAA